CUAUGCUGCUAUGCCUAAGUUCAACCUUCUCGCCAUGCCCAUUGCACCACAGACGAUUCUGCGCCCAUUUGGCGUUAACCCCGUUAGCCGCUGUCUUGGGCGGCAUGCCCGGUUCGGCUUCCGCGCGAGCUCCGCCGAGGCAGUGAACUGGGAGAACAAGCAGGAGAGUAGCAAGGGGAGGAGGAACAAGAAGAUAUCGGAAGAAACCGGUUUGAAGGCUCUGUAUGAUGAUGGGUUCGGGAGCGUCACCAUGAAGGAUUACUUAGAGGCGGUGAGGGCCAUGCCCAAGGACGACGGCGGGCCACCUCGAUGGUUCUGCCAUGCCCAAGUCGGCCGUUGGUUGACAAGCCACCUCUGCUGCUGUUCCUGCCAGUUAUCAGGUAUGUGGUGCAUAUAUUACCAGGGAUGAAGGGAGCUAGUCCCUAUUACUACCUACCUCCUCAACCAGCCUCCUCACCAACAUAAAUCACCUCAAGUCUAUAAGUGGCUAAUGAUGUGUGGGCGCCCUUCACAACACCAUGAGACCAUCAACGCACACAUAUAAAGAGAAUCUGAUUGCUUAAUCAAUAACAAAGUACUAACCAUGCAAUGCAAGGGUUCAUCCGAAUCCUCAAGAACUAGUACAACUACUCAAACAUAAUAGAGGAAGAAGGCAAGUUGCAAGCCGGCACAGAGCUGGUGGGGGAGAGGAACAUGGCGUUGGCGAUGGUGAUGGUGGCAGCGCCAACAAUGGACAUGGUGAUGGUGGCUACGCCGGUGAUGAAGACCGCACCGGCCCGAAGGCGAGUGCGAGUGGUUGAACUUGAUUAUAUGCCACUUGUGUGUUUUUAGGGUACUAUAUGUUGGAAAUAUGCCCGAGAGGCAAUAAUAAAAUGGUUAUUAUUAUAUUUCUUUGUUCA